AUGGCAAUCCAAUACGAGGGCAACGAUAAGCAUCUUUUUGCUAUGGAGAAUGCCAAGGCACCUGAACUUCCUCCACCUCCCUAUACUCCUGAGUCUCAAUACUUGAUUGAAUUGCCAGGCUCUUUCCCGGAAGAUCAAGCCGUAUCGUCUCGCGAAGACUACAGGUAUGAGUCUCGAAGAGAACCCAUCUCACGCCAGAAUCAACUACAAUACCCGCCUCCGCCUCUCCCACCGCGAAGUCAGCCACAGCACCCAUCUGUUGAAUGCUUGAAUCAACCAGAGUACGGAACUCAAGCACAAUGGAACGGCCAAUACCCUUACAGCCCGGCAGAUUACAACAUUCAAUACCAGCCUCAGCCAUCCCCAGCUCCGGUUUCUCCAAUGACGAACCCAUCCUAUCGCCCCGACCAAGCACAACUACAAGUACAGCGACCAUCUAGGCAAUCUCAAAAACCAUGCGUCAUCCCUCUCUUCGGCGGAGCCCACAUGAGCCCGUUCGCCCGCGCCCGCGCCCAAGAACUUGAACAAGCAUACGGCAUCACCGCAAGGGAAAUGCUAGCUUUCGUCGACGGCCUCAAUGAAGCAUUCAUAGCAAACCCAGUCCUGCAAGCAACAAGUACAAUCGGGAAUAUCGUCGGCUUUAUACCUAUCCCAUCGGCCCAGAUCGUCGGUAACUCCGUCAGACUUGCAUCUGGACUUGGUAUGGCAGCUACAUCAAUUAUGCGCACAAAGCAGUAUAUGGCAAAAGCAAAUGAGAUUAUCUUCAAACCGAGGAAUCUCCAUGCUCAGAUCUGCAAGACGGAGAAAAUGCUCAUGCAGACUGGGAUCAAGUGUGAUGCUUCUGUAUUUGCACAGGGGCAGUAUCAAAUUGGCGAGGCGCCUGGUAGCGGGAACCAUCUGGUGAGGAGGAUGGAUGCUCUGGGUGAUCGAGUUACGGGGCUCUCGUUUGAUGUUGAGGCGCCUGUUUCACCAGAUAAUUGGUUGAAAAAAAUGGGGUCGUACUCGGCGCAGAGGGCGGAGCAGAGUCAGUUGAAGAAGUUGGAUAAGAAACAAGUGAAAGCAGACAAGAGGAAUGCUAAGGAUGAGAAGAAGGGAAGGGAAAAGGAUCGAAGGGGAAACGAUCGGAGGGCUGAGAGGGCUGAGAAGUUGCAGAGUAAGGAGACGGAGAAGGUGAAGGGAUUGUUGUGGAUUGUUAUUACGGCUGAGAGGGAGAGUCUUGCUGGCGAUGAUGAUUGGGAUUCAGGUGAUAAUAUUCAAAGACAAUGA